GCAGCCAAGCCAACCCCUUCCAACACACUUCUCCCGCUGCCUGCCCAAAGCCUCCUGCAACAGCCAACGCCAGCAGGCUCCGCUCGCGACUCUGCGCCAUCUCCGCAAGCGCAAACCAUGGCGAGACUGCUUGUUGAAGCGCCGGUCGGCUCGAGCUCACCGCCAGCGGACUCCCUCAACUCCGACAUGAUCCUCAUCCUCGCCGGCCUGCUCUGCGCGCUCGUCUGCGUCCUCGGCCUCGGCCUCGUCGCCCGGUGCGCGUGCUCGCGGCGCUGGGCCGCCGCGGCCCGGGCGCCGCCGGGCGCGGCCGCGGCGAACAAGGGCGUCAAGAAGGAGGUGCUGCGCUCGCUCCCGACGGUCACGUACGUCCCCGACGGCAGCAAGGCAGCGGCGGGGGAAGGGGCCGACGAGUGCGCCAUCUGCCUCGCCGAGUUCGAGGACGGGCAGGCCAUGCGCGUGCUGCCGCAGUGCGGCCACGCGUUCCACGCCGCCUGCGUCGACACGUGGCUGCGCGGGCACUCCUCCUGCCCGUCCUGCCGGCGCGUGCUCGCCGCCGAGCUGCCGGCAGGCGAGCGGUGCCGCCGCUGCGGCGCGCACCCCGGCCUCGGCGCCAUCAGCGCGCUCUGGAAGGCGCCCUGCAGCGCCGAGGGCCCGGCGUUCUUGCCGUAGUGCCGAGCGCACUCAGCACAGGAAUCAACUGAUGCGCAAACUCAUUGGUGAACUUCUUCCUUAUUAGCUGGUUAGCCUUGUAGGUUUCAUUGCUUUUUAGGUGUGAUGAGUAGUGAUUAGCUGGGACCUGCCAAUGGGGAGUAUAUGGGACAAGCGUCAAGAUGUGUGUACCUGAUUGAUGGCCAAAAAUUGUCCUUGUAAUUUAUUUGUACAUAAUUUCGAUGAUAUAAAGCUUGUGGUUGGUUGCAA